GAUUGCUCCCCUUUAUCAUAAAUAUUUUGCGAUAAGCCAUGACUCACAAUUUUAUCGCAAAAAUCGAACGAACAAGACCGGUACGAAACAAGUUGAGCUUCAGAUAAACAUUCAUUAGCAGAAAAUGGUGAGCAGGAUAGUAACGUGUUUCGUUCUAGCUUUGAGUAUUAGCGCCAAGUGUUGUGCAGGAUCUUCUAAGCAUGAAUGUGCUGACGGAAGUGCACUUCUGACCUCAAAUCGGCUUUAUCCAGCCCCGUCGCAGGCCAAGUUGAGCAAUGAGGAAAUAGUUACCAUUCUGGCCGAUAGCAAUAAUGUUUCAACCGAUAAAGCAUCAUCGGUGCAAAUUUAUGAGUGGUAUUAUUCCAUCAAUGAUGAGCUUUUGCUGCUGUCCCCGGUGCACCGGAUGCUUCCGGAACCGUGGCACACCGUUGUGGCAGUGCUGAGUACGAUUUUUGCCAGUACCCUGUUCGGGGUGAUUGUGGCUCUGAUAUUGUUUAAGUGCAAACAUAUGAACCGAUAGGAAAGCGCAAUGAAGAGCAAUGUAUGGUUGUACUGUACAACUUGUUAGUU